CUGGGACCUAAAUUUGCACACACACACAAUCACACGAGAAAAGGAAGGCAUCCCAAAGACCCCCGAAUGCUUUAAAGCCAGGAUGAGACCUCAAGGCAACGGGGUUAAGGCCGCAACCUGAAUCGACCCCUCUCCCCAAAGUUUCUUCUUCUUCUAUUGCCAACUACCCGUCUCUCGUCCCUUCCCCACCUCUCUGAGAUUCAACCGAGAUGAACCAAUCGCCGGCGUAUUCAGGGGUGAGGAUUUCCGGUGUGAGGGCUUUGGGAGCUGGUGGUAGCGGCAACCACAGUGCAGACACCUUAGACAGGCUGCUGCCCACCAUUGUCGGAACCAAAUCCCCCCGGAAGCGAACCACCAGCCAGUCCAAAUCGGAGCCUCCCCUUCUACGUACCAGUAAAAGGACCAUCUACACCGCAGGCCGCCCCCCUUGGUACAACGAACAUGGCACACAGUCAAAAGAGGCAUUUGUUAUCGGUCUGGGAGGGGGCAGCGCUUCCGGGAAGACCACGGUGGCCAGGAUGAUCAUCGAGGCGUUGGACGUGCCGUGGGUAGUCUUGCUCUCCAUGGACUCCUUUUAUAAGAUUCUGACGAAAGAGCAGCAGGAAUUGGCUGCCAGCAACGAUUUCAACUUCGACCACCCGGAUGCUUUUGAUUUCGACCUGAUGAUCGCCACUCUCAAGAAGCUGAAGCAAGGGAAGAGCGUCAAGAUCCCCGUUUACGACUUCACCAGCCACAGCCGCAAGAAGGAAUGGAAAAUGCUUUAUGGAGCCAACGUGAUUAUAUUCGAAGGGAUUAUGGCCUUCGCCGAUAAGGACCUCCUGAAGCUUCUGGAUAUGAAAAUAUUUGUGGACACCGAUUCGGACAUCCGUCUGGUUCGGCGUUUGCGCCGGGACAUCAGCGAGCGAGGCCGAGAGAUUGAUGGGGUCAUCAAGCAGUACAACAAGUUCGUCAAGCCGGCCUUUGACCAGUAUAUCCAGCCCACCAUGCGAGUGGCCGACAUUGUGGUCCCACGAGGUAGUGGAAAUACAGUUGCUAUUGACCUGAUUGUUCAGCAUGUGCACAGCCAGCUGGAAGAGCGCGAACUCAGCGUCAGGGCAGCGCUGGCUUCUGCUCACCAAUGCCACCCGCUCCCCAAGACCCUCAGUGUCCUCAAGAACACACCGCAGGUCAGGGGGAUGCAUACCAUCAUCCGAAACAAGGAGACAAGCCGGGAUGAGUUUAUUUUCUACUCCAAGCGGCUCAUGCGUCUCCUCAUUGAGCACGCCUUAUCAUUUCUGCCCUUCCAGAGCUCUACAGUGCAAACGCCACAAGGCGAGGACUAUGAAGGUUGCACAUAUAGUGGGAAGCAAAUCACAGGGGUCUCCAUCUUGAGGGCCGGAGAGACUAUGGAGCCAGCCCUGAGGGCCGUUUGCAAGGAUGUCCGGAUCGGCACCAUCCUGAUUCAGACGAAUCGAUACACGGGGGAGCCUGAGCUGCACUACCUGAGACUCCCGAAGGACAUCAGUGAAGACCACGUGAUUUUGAUGGACUGCACCGUCUCCACGGGGGCAGCAGCCAUGAUGGCCGUCAGGGUGUUGCUGGAUCACGACGUUCCGGAAGAUAAGAUUUUCCUCCUCUCCUUGCUGAUGGCUGAGAUGGGCGUCCACUCCGUUGCCUACGCCUUCCCGCAGGUCAAGAUCAUCACAACCGCCGUGGACAAGAAAGUGAACGACCUUUUUCGCAUCAUCCCCGGGAUUGGAAAUUUUGGAGACCGUUACUUCGGCACCGAUGCCCCACCGAAUUGGAGCGAUGAUGAGGACACCUUGGAUUCCUGACCGCCCCUCUCUUGUCUGAAGCCUUCUCCAAAGGACUGGCAGAUUCCGCACCCACUCCUUGACCCCAUGAUGCCUUUCAUGCACUCCUCCGUCAAGCUCCAAACGCUUACCAAAAAAAAAAAAA